GCGGUCCGGGGAAGACGUGUUCGGAAGGGCCUACCGCAGCGAGGCCUGCGCGACCGGACGUCGCGAACUGACCGAGUGACCGGCGCGGGAGAGACACGCGUAGUCUGGCGUACUCGCCGACAGUGUAGUGGUGUGUGGGGCCGGCAGUGCACAAGGAUUAACCUUCCCCCGUGGCUUCGGCUGCGCUUCCAGUGGAGGCCACUUUUAACCCCGAGUUGUCCAGAUGACAGUGUAGAAUGCAGCGAGCGCUGCCGGCGCUGCUGGGGGCGCUGUGCGUCCUCGCCGCGGCCCCCGGGGGCAGCGGGGGCGGCACGGGGGGCGGCUCCGGGGGCGGCCCGGGGGCGGCACCCCCCGGCCCCGUCGUCAUCAACCCCUCGGCCAACGUGUUCCUGGGCGCCGUGGUGGCACUGCGGUCGCGCGGCGCGGGGCUCUUCGGGUGCGGGCCGCGGACGCGCGAGGGCCUCGCCACCCUGGACGCCGUGCAGGCCCUCGUGGACGCCGUCAACAACGACCAGCCCGGCUACCCGUCCAUCCCGAAGGGAGUGAGCCUGGGCGUGCGGGUGUUCGACCACUGCGGCCGCCCCCGCGUCGCCGUGUCGCAGCUGGCGGAGCUGCUCCCGGAGCUGGGUCCGGGCGGCCCCCCUCCCGCGGGCACCCCGGCGACGACGGCGGCCGCGGCCACGCCGGGCCUGCGCACCGUCGGCAUCCUGGACGGCGCCGGCCUGACCCGCACGGACUCGGACGCCGACCUGGAGGUGCGGCACGCGCUGGCCGAGUCCAUGGUCCCCGUGGCCGCGGUCGACAGCAGCCACCUGGUGCAGCCGCUGCAGCGCGCGCAGGCGAUGGUGGCCGUGCUGCAGAAGCUGGAGUGGCGCCGCUUCGUGGUGGUGCGCGGCCCCGACGCCUACAGCGAGGACCUGUGGCAGUCGCUGGCCCAGCUGGCCGGCGGACUGCGCACCGCCGACUUCUGCGUCGACUCCGUGGAGACCUUUGUGCACGAGGGCCACGGCCCGGCGGCCAGCACCAGCGACGUGAUGGACGUGGUGGCGGACGCCGCCGUGGCCGGCCUGCCCGUCGUGGUGCUGCUGCCGCGCGCCGCGCUGCGCCCCUUCCUGGAGGCCCUGCGCGAGGCCGAGGCCGACAUGCCGCCCGCCGCCCCCGCCGCCCUCAUGCUGCUGCUGUCCGACCUGGUGUCCCACGAGGACGCCGCCCUGCUGCCGCGCGGCGCCACGGUGUACUCGCUCGCCACGUCGGGCCACGGCCCCGAGGCCGCCAAGGCGCUGCGCGCGCUGCUGCCCGCCGAGGAGGCCGUGGACACCGACUCCCUGACGGGGUCCCUGACGGGGUCCCUGACGGAGGCGUUGCGCGCGGACGCGCUGCUGGCGGCGGCGCAGCCCGUGCUGGCGUUCGCGCUGGCGCUCAAGCGGUCCUGGCGCGACAAGUGCCCGGGCAAGCAGUCGGGCGCGUGCCCGCCCUGGGCCGCCAUGUCGCGCCCCGAGUUCCUCAACGCGUACUUCGCGCCGGUCGCCGCCGCCAUCGGGCGCGGAGAGAAGGUCCAGGACGGCGCGUGGGAGCCGCGCUGGGCAGAGCUGCUGCUGCCGCCGCGCGACCUCACACUGUACCGCCACCACGCCGAGGACGCCGACGACGGCCGGCUGGACCGGCACCGCGUGCGCCCCGUGCUGCGCGCCAGCUCCGUGGACGUCAACUACAACAACAGCGUGGCCAGCCGCAGCAGCGUCACCGUCCUGGACGACGACUUCCACCCCGAGGAGAUCGGCGUGUGCGCGACGCGGCCCAGCGUGCCCUCGCCGUCCGAGUGCGAGCGCUCCUGCCUGCCCCUGCACCGGCCCAGCCGGACGGGCGGGGGGCGCCGCAUCGAGUCCUGGGCGCACUACCAGGACAACCACCUGCAGCGCGACGCCGUCCCCGAGGAGGCCGCCGAGGUGCUGGACGCGGAGGCCGAGGCCGAGUCGCGCGACUUCCUGCGCCUGCUCGAGUCCCCCCAGCGCGUGUACGUGGCGCUGCUGGUGGCGCUGCACCGCGGCCGCGGCGACUCGGCGCUGGACUGCGCGGCCGGCGACGAGGCCCUGGACGUGGUGGCCGUGCGCAAGGUGGAGGCCUUCCUGUGGGCCGUGCAGCGCCUCAACCAGCAGCUGGCCAGGGAGGCGUCGGCGCCGAACGGGCAGCAGCUGCAGGUGGGCGCCCUGCUGGCCGACACCUGCUCGUCCAAGCUGCGCGCCAUGGCGCUGGCCGCACGGCUGCGGACCGCUAGCCGCGGCGCGGACGACGACGCCGACGACACCAGGUCGGAGCGGGUGCUGGCCGUGGUGAACGCGCUGCCGCUGCCCGCCGCACGCCUCGCCGCGGACAUCCUGUCGGAGCGCAACGUCACGAGCAUCGCCACGGAGCAGGUCCUGCACGCCAACGCCUCGGCCGCCUCGCCCUUCCAGCUGCAGGUGGACCUGCCGCUGGCGCAGAUGGUGGAGGCCAUGGUGCAGUCGCUGCAGCAGCUGGGCUGGAGCUACGUCAGCGUGGUGCAGGCGGACGGGCAGCCGGGCGACGACGGCGACCUCGCGGACCACGCCCGCGGCCGGCAAAUGUUCCUGGAGGCCGCGGCGCGCGCGGGCAUCUGCGUCGCCCUGGACGUGGCCCUGCCGGCGGAGGCGCCCGCGGCGGACAGGGUCCCCGACGACCGCGAGGAGGCGGUGGUGGCGCGGCUGCUCGGCGCGCGGGCGGCCGGCGCUCGCGGCGUCGUGGUGUGGGCGGACGCGGGCGGAGUGCGCCGCCUGUUCCGCGCCGUGACGCGCGCCAUCGCGCAGGGCUCCCUGCGCCGCGAGGACGUCUUCUGGAUGCUGGCCAGCACCAAGGCCGACGUCCGCGACGUGCUCGCCGAGUUCGGCAACGUCCUGGCCGGCGCGGCCGUGUUCAGCCCCCAGCGGAGGGGCGUGGCCGAGUUCCAGCACUUCCUGCGCCUGGAGACGUCCUCCAGUGGUGGCAGUGGCGGCGUCACCGGGUCGGACCACGAGCUGCGGUGGCUGCGCCGGUACCAGGAGCAGUGCGGCGGCGGCUCGGUGUGCCUCGCGGACGAGGCCGGCGCCGUGGCGGCGGACUGGGCCGUGGUGCAGGCCGUGCAGGCCCUCGGCGCCGUGGUGUCGCACCUCGGCCAGGCCGCGCCGUGCCCGAGCGACCGCCCCUGGACCGACGGCGGCGACGUCUGCCUGCCCGACGCGGCGCCCAAGGCCCUGGACGCCGCGGUGGCCGACGCGCUGCGGACGACGCCGUCCUCCAGGGCGGACGGCCCCGUCGGCGCCGAGUUCCGCUUCUCCCCCGACGGCGUCGGCCUCCUGGCCGUCGACGUGGACAACUUCCGGCGGAGGGCGGCGGCGGCACGAAGCCGCUCGCUGGGCGACGUCCACUUCCAGAGGGUGGGCACGUUCUUCCUCGGCAGACUGACGCCGCUAGACGGCCGCGACGCCGACGCCGACGGCCUGGUGGCGUACAAGGACUCCGGCGAGGAGGUGCGCGUCGCGGCGCUCACGUCGCAGUGCGGCGGCGCCCUGGGCAGCUGCCACCGCUGCCGUCACCAGCGGGGCCGGCCGAACAGCGCGCUGGGGGACUGGAUCGUGGUGGAGCCCCAAGCGCAGGGCCCGCACGGCGGCGCGCUGCAGGCCAAGGAGCCCACCGUGUACGUGGUAGCCACCCUGGACGUGCACGAGCCCUCCAACAACCCGCUGCAGUGUGGCCAGGAGAUCAACCCGCGCGGCGUGGAGCAGCUGGAGGCCUUCUUGUGGGCCGUGGACCAGGUGAACAGCAACUACUCUGGGCUGCGCGUCGGCGCCGUGGUCAUCGACACGUGCGGCAGCGCGGCGCGCACGGCGCGGCUCGUCUCCGAGGUGCUGUCCGACCCCACGGCGCUGUCCGCCAUGGCCGAGCAGGCCGAGCCCGGCUCGGAGGCGGCGGGGGCGGGGGCCGUGGUGGCCGUGCUGGCCGGGGGCGGCACUCCGGUGGCCGCCCCCGCGCUGGAGGCGGCCGCCGCGUUGGGACUGCCCUCCGUGGCGCCGCUCGCGCGCGGCCCGCCCCUACACCGCAAGACGCUGCCACCGUACCCGCUGCAGCUGGGGCCGUCCAACGGCGUGCUCGCCAACACCACCGUCAAGCUCAUGGCGCACCUGCAGUGGCGGUGCGCGGCCGCCGUGUACCUGCAGGACGCCGUGGACUACGAGGAGACGUACCGGCAGGUCGAGUCGCAGGCCCUGGCCGCCAACAUCUCCCUCGUCGGCGUGCCCGUCCCGGCCAGCGCGCGCAACCACGGCGGCAGCGGCGUGCUGCGGCAGGCCCUGCUUCGCGUGGCCGCGGCGCGGGACGGCGGCCGCGCGGCCGUGCUGCUGUUCCUGCCGGCGUGGGGCGUUGACGGCGUGCUGCGCGCCACCGCCGCCCUGGAGGACGAGGGCAAGUGGGUGCCCGAGGACGUGACGCUGGUGUCGGUGGGCGGCGACGGCGAGGCGGCCUUCGUGGCCGCCAGCAGGCAGACCCUGGGCGGGCUGCUGCUUCGCCCCAAGGCCGGCGCCGUGCCCGAGUUCGAGCGCCACUUCAGGACCCUCACGCCGGACGCCAAUGACCGCAACCCGUGGUUCGCCGAGUUCUGGUCCGGCGUGUUCCACUGUAGGGGCGCGGCGUGCUCGCGGGCCGCGCCGCACGGGCCCAAGCACAGCCUGGACGCCUACCAGAUGCAACGGAACGCGGACACCCCCAACGUCAUCAAUGCCGUCCUGGCCGUGGGGCACGCCCUGCAGACCGUGCGAAGGGAGCUCUGCCCAGACGGCGGCGCGCAGUCCAUCUCGCGGUCGCCGUGCCGCGCCAUGGCGGCCAUGUCGCGGGUGCGCGCGCGCCUGCUCGAGGUGACGCCGAGGAUGGCCUUCGUGGGGGCGGGGCUCAACGCCGUGGCCUUCUCCGCGGCGGGCGAGAACACUAACGUGGCCGUGGAGGUGCUCAACGUGCAGGUGUCUGCGCACAGCAAGGCCGCCGUGGCGAUGACCGUCGCGGAGGUGGCGCCGGCCGGCGCGGUGGCCUACUUGGAGGGGGCGCGCGCGUACGUGGGGCCUCAGCGCCAGCCCGUGGACCUGCCCAGCGCCGCGCCGGCGUGCGCCGCGGACACCACCACCGCCGCACCGACCACCACGACGACGCCGACCCCCGUCGACAGCGCCAGCAGGUACUUGAUGGAGCUGCCGGGCGUGGGCGCGGCGGGGCAGCCCGCCCCCGCGCUGCUGGUGCUGCUGGCGGCACACACCCCCGCGCGCCAGGGCGGCCCACUGCACUGCGGCGACCUGGACGCCGACGCCCUCUGCCACCUGGCCGGGGUCAUGUUCGCCGUGCACCGCGCCAACAACAACGACAGCCUCUUGCAGGGGCAGGGCCCCAAACUCGGCCUGAUCGCGCUGGACACUUGCGGGCAGCCGGGCCGCGCGUACUCCAGCCUGUUCGCGCUGCUGUCGCGGCCCAACCGCGGCGCCGUGCCCGUGGCCGCCCUCCUCAUGGACGACGCCGCCCCCGCCAUGGUGGCGCCCCUCCUCGACAUGGAGUCCAUCGCGCAGCUCUCGGACCCCGGCAGCGACGGCCAGCUGCAGCGCGAGGGGCAGCGCCACGUCGUGGUGCAGGCCGCGCCGGAGGCACUCUCUCGCGCGCUGCUGGACGUGGCGGUGGCACUGCAAGGACACCAAGGACACGCAGGCCCCCAGGCCGAGGCGCGCUCCGCCCCGGACGGCGCGGCCGAGGCCUUGACGGCGCCCUCCCUGGUGGUGCUGCACGGGUCCACGCCGCGCGCCCGCACCCUGGCCCGGCACCUGGAGAGCGGCAGCCUGGCGCGCUGCCCCAGCCACGACCACCACACCACGGCGCCGGGCUGCCUGAGCGCCGUGCUGCCCAUGCCCGCCACCAGCGACAACAGCCGCUCGGGGGCGGUGUACCUCCUGUCGACGCAGGCCGCGCACUCCGUCGUCAUCCUGGCCCUGGACAGCGUGGACGACGUGCGCGCCGUGCUGGCGGCGGCGCAGUCCCCGCUCGUGCCCCGGCUCGUCUUCGUCACCGCCCUGCCCGCGGCCACGCCCUUGCGCGCAGACGGGCACAGCGUGCUGAGCCUGGUGGCCGACGCCACGGUGGUGGCCGCGACGCCGCCGCCGCGCGACGAGGCCGCCGACAAGCUGGACGCGGCCUUCCAGCAGUGGCUGAACCACGACCUCGGCGACGCGGCCACGCCGACCUCCAUGCCGCCGUCCUGGGCGAGCAGCUUCCGCUCGUCGCCCUGCGACCUGGACCACGACCACUGGAGCCGCGCGGACAUCAUGAACGCCGUGGAGCGCGUGGCCAGAGGCGUGCGCUGGGCCGCGGACAACGCCACGACGGCGAGCUCGUCGGAGUCCGCGGCCAAGCUGUCGGCGAGGGUGGCGCGCUUCCUGGAGGCGGAGGACGAGCGCCCCGACGGGGAGGCGGCCACCGCGUCGCCCACCUCGCCGCCGCAGGUCGAGUCCUUCCGCAUCUGGCGCGGCGACGAGCCCCUGGGGUCCUGGAGCCCCGACGGCGGCCUCACCCUCAGCAACGACCCCAGCCUGCUGGCCGUCGACGAGCUCUCGGUGACGGGGCGGCCCACGCUGUUCCACAACCUGCAGUACGCGUGGGCGGUGGCGCUGCUGGGGCUCGCGCUGCUCGGCAUCGUCUUCACGCUCGUCACGGCCGUGUUCUUCCUGUCGGCGGCCGCCGUGUCCAAGACCCCCAUAUCGGGUGGCGCUGGCACGUCUGUGCUGGGCUACCUGAUCCUCCUGGGGCUGCUGCUGCUGCACUGCGCCGUGCUGGCCUUGGUGAUGGCGCCCAGCGAGCUGUCUUGCGGCGCGAGGCGGCUGCUCCCCGGCCUCGCCUACGCCCUCAUCUUCUCCGCCAUGUUCCUCAAGGUGCUGACGACGUGGCAGGUGUGCGACCGCAAGGGCGGCGUGGUGCGGCCCGUCAUGCUGGUCGUCCGCGCCUUGGGCCUGGCCACGCCGCAGGUCCUCGUCUCCGCGGGCUGGCUCGCCCUGGCGCCGCCCUCCGUGCACAUGGUGGUGGUGGAGGCGGCCGCCGCCCCCGCCGCCCCCGCCAUGUGGCAGUGCUCCGCCGCGCAGGGUGCGCACGGCUCCCAGGCCCCGCACCUGCUGCUGUCGCUGGCCUACACGUGCCUGCUGAUGGUGGCGACGGCCGUGCUGGCGCUGCUGUGCUCCUCCAAGGAGGAGCUGCUGGAGGAGGGCACCAUGCUGCGCCAGGAGUCCCGGUGGAUCCUCGUCUCCGCCGUGGCCGUCGCCGUGCAGCUCGGCUGCUGGGGGCUGCUCGUGGUGGCCGCGCCCGCCCUGGCCGCCGCCGUGCCCGCGCAGGCCGACAUGCUGGCCGCGUCGGUGCACGCCCUGGCCGCCGCCACGCUGCUGCUGUGCCUGUUCGUGCCCAAGCUACGCCUGUACCUGCGACUGCGGCGCGACGCCCGCAACACGGCGGCCAUUGCGGCCUCGGCGGCGGCGCGGUCCGCGGCGUCCCGCUCGCAGCCCAUCUACGGCAUCAGCCACUUCCAGCCCUUCGGCGGCAAGCUCAACCCAGCCUUCGACGCGCCCUCCACCGACAUGUCGCUGGGCGAGUCCGCGUCCAGGACCGCUUCGGACCGCGGCUCGGACUCGGAGGCGGAGGGCGACUACAACGAGCCCAUGGACCCACUGGAGUCCAUGUCCCCCCUCAGCCCCCUGGGCACCGUAGGCACCGUGGGCACCGUGAACCGGCUGGACCCCACGCAGGUCGUCCCCAGCUCGCUCUACUCCAUCGACAUGUUCAGCAGCCAGGACUCCAGUAGUCAAGGAGUCCUGGACAUGCCGGGCCCCGUGGUGGUGGCCAUGUCGACGAGCGACGGCCGCGGCACGGUGCGCGGCACGGUGCGGGGCGCGCACCCCCACAACCCCCACCAGCACGCGUCCGUGUUCGGCACGGUGCGCGGCGUCCACGGCCUGCACGGCCUGCAGGGCCCCCACGGCGUGCACGGCGGCACGCUGCGAAGCGCCCACGGCGGCACCCUGCGCGGCGUGCAAGCGCUAGUCCAGGGCGUCCAGGGCGGCACGGUGCGCGGCGCUCCGAGAGGCACCCUUCAGUCCCUCCACGGCACCAUCCGGGGCUCCCACUUCCUGCCCGGGAGCAAUGAGUUCACCGCGCCGCACCGGAGUUCCAGUAUGCUCCUCCUGCCGGGCCAAGAGAGCAUAUCGUACAUGUGAGGACACCAUUGUGUUCCUCGUAACCGACUGACUAUUCGCUCAAUAAACUCGCAGUUGUAUUUAUUUGAUUGUGUUAAACUGUACUAUUGUGUAUAUAGAUAUUUAUAAAGUUGUAAUAUACUUGAUGUAA